AUGAUCGGCAGUCUCUGCCGCCGGGGGAAGCUUGAUCGGGCCAUGAGCAUGCUGGACCGGUUGAUGGAGGAUGGUCUCCUGCCGACAGUCAUCACGUACACCAUUCUAAUGGAGGCAACCAUUCUCCAAGGGCAAACGGACCAGUCCUUGAAGCUGUUUGACGAAAUGCUCGAGAGAGGGCUGCAGCCCGACUCGUGCUCUUGCAACACUAUAAUCAGGACAUUGUGCCGGGAAGGGCUGAUGGACCUGGCCUUCAAGUUCAUCCGGGACCUGACAGGCAGAGGAUUGGAGGUGAAGGUGAUAUCAUACAAUGUCCUGUUACGGGCCCUGUUGGAUCAGGGGAAAUGGAGGGAGGGCGGGAGCCUGGUAAAGGAAAUGUUCUCGGCCGGGUGUGAGCCGGACUUGUUCACUUACAAUUUCUUGAUACGUGCUUUCUGCGAGGACGGGCAUUUGUACGAGGCUGUUACGGUGUUGAGGAUAAUGAAGGACGAGGGUUUAACUCCCGAGACACACGCGUACGGCCCGUUAAUCUCUGCCCUCUGUAAGAUGAGCCGAUUGGAUCUCGCUAUUAGGCUCUUGGAAUACAUGGCUACGAGCGGGUGUUACCCGGAUAUAGUCAACUACAACACGAUUCUCAAUGCCAUGUGCAAAAACGGGAGCCUGGACGAGGCCUUGGAGGUUUUCGCAAAGCUCUCACAAAACGAGGGCCCGCAUAAAGUUACCACUUACAACAUAAUGAUAAGCGCCCUGUGGAACAAUGGGGACCGGGACCGGGCGUUGGGCCUCGUCUCUGAUAUGAUUUCAAACGGGAUCGGCCCGGAUAACAUCACGUACAACUCGCUCAUCUCGUGUUUGUGCCGAGAGGGAAUGGUUGAUGGGGCGAUCGAGCUCUUGAAGGAAAUGGAAGAAAGGAACGGUUUCUUGCCGACACUCAUUACAUACAAUACCGUGCUUCUUGGGCUUUGCAAAGCUCGUAGGAUUAGCGAGGCUGUUUUGAUGCUGGAGGAUAUGAUAUAUAAGGGUUUCAGGCCACACGAGAGUUCGUACAAUAUUGUAAUCGAAGGUAUUGGGUACGCGGGAUGGCAUGUGGAGGCCAUGGAGCUUGCCAAUGCUCUGUGUAAUAAAAAUGCCAUUACUAGACCGACAUUCCAUCAUGCAUGUUAUGGACCUUCUGAGGACGUCAUUGACCUUGCGCUGAGGUCUGAUUCGACCUCUCUUUUAGGUCUGACUUGCCCCCAGGCCACCCAACCUCGAUGUAUAGCAUCGUCGUGCGCCUGGGGUCGUGCGAGCUGCUACAGGUGUUGGCAGGUCACUGCGGGCGUCUGA